AUAGAUCACCCUGGUGCUGUGCGUAUUACUAUAGCUCAGGUAAAGAUAAGUCUCGUGUUACCAUAAAUACUAUUAUUAUCUUUGCUCUAUUGGAAAUAAACCUGAAUUUAUUAUGCCUUUCUUCUCUAUAAUAACGAGAUCAUUCUAGAUCUUCUAUAUUAUGAUAUGUAUUUGAAUUAGUCAUUAUUAGUGCUAUUUGAUUUUAUGAGCUGAAUGAAAUGAUUUUUGUUUUCAGAUAUGAAGCCUAAUUUCAUAAGGACAACAUCACUAGAAAAAGAAGCGUCAUCAAGAUUACGGCACAAACCACCAGCACUAUCUCUAGCACCACGACAAAAACUACCAGCACUAUCUCUAGCACCACGACAGAAACAACCAGCCCCACCACCAGCCGCACAGCAAGCACCACCAGCAGCCCCACCGCAAGCACAACCAGCAGCCCCACCUCGUGCAACCUCAUCAGCCCUACCACGUGCAGCCUCAUCAGGCCCAUCUUUAGCACCACCAGCAUUUGAGGAUGAUAAUUUAGAGAGUCCUUCUCCUUCUAUAUCAUCAAAUCUAAGUUAUCACGGAUACAAUCGCAUUCCUCACAUACAUGUAGAGGCAAAGAGUUUACUUCCUGACGCCCAUGGUAUAGCUCGAAACAUCGGCUGUGCAUUUCAAGAGAAACAAGAUCCGAGUGGAUAUAGCUGGCUUUUAGUGAACAAGGAUGUAAAGCAAUUCUAUUGGGAAGAUUUUCAGAGAAGAUAUACAUGGGAUCCUCAUGCUGAGAUGUUGAUCAAGACCACUUGGAAAAAAGUUGCAGCAUCCCACUACAAUAAGACACUUAAUAAGUGGAGAGAUAAUUGGAAAAAAAAGAAGCAAAUUCCUCAAGGUGUUAAAGAUGAUAUUUGGGAUACAUGGCUUGCUAGGUGGGAAUCAGAUGAUUGGAAAAAAAAAUCUAAAAAAGCUUCAAAGAAUAGGCUUUCAGAACCUGGUGGUAUUGGCACUGGUAUAGCUAAGCAUACAGGAGGUUCUAGAUCUAUUUUGGAGCAUACCAAAUUGAUGGAAAAAGAGAAUGGUAGAGUGAUGAAUCCAUGGGAAGUUCAUCAAAAGUUGCAUAAGAGAAAAGAUGGAGCAUUUGUUGAUAGCAAAUCAUCAAUUAUUAAUGAUAAGAUGAUAAAUGCUGUAGCUAUCGCUAGUCAGCCACAAGAAGAUGGGAGUGUGCCAGAAGUUGAUAUUCACUCGCUUUAUUAUGAUGUUGUUGGCGGGGCAAAAAAGAAGCAAGUGUAUGGAUUAGGCUCGCAGGCAUCAGUGUUUUAUCCGCAUAGUUUUUCCUCUACUUCUUCUGGAUAUAAAUCAGAUGAAGAGCACAUGAAGCAGAUGAUAGAGCAACAUUUUAAUGAUCAACAACAACAUCUUACGAAGCAGCUAGACACUUUACGUGAGCAACAAGAAUCCUUACGUAAGCAUCAAGAUGCAUUGCAGCAGCAACAACUUGAUUUAGCUAGAAGAGAGCAAGGAUUACAUGAUACUUUGCAGCUAGAGUUGGCUGAAAGAGAAAAAAGACUUCAGAAUACAAUGCUACUUCAGAUGCAAGAGAUGUGGAAGAAUAUGCAAAAUGGUAAGCCACCUAGCGGAGGGGCAUAGAUUUGAGGAUCGCGGGUCAUCUAGUUUUCUUUCUUAUUUUUAUUAUUAUGUUGUUUCGAUUGUACUUAUAUACGUUAAACUAUAAUGUAUUGAACAUACGAAUUGACUUUAAAUUUCAAUAUUAAGUUGUAUCAA